UCAUUCAGAAAACUUUUCAGGAACAUUUAGUCCUUAGUUUUUUUAAAUAAAGCACAGUGGAAAAGCAAAAUUACAAUAACAAGCAGGCAGCCGUCUGAACAUCUCAUUCUGGACUGCAGAGGUAAGAAAAACAUUGUGGAUUGUUUAAAAAACCAAAAUGAAAUGUGGUGGAAAAUUAUGCUUCAUAUAUUUGUGCUUAUAAAAGAAAACUAUUGACUUGGCCCAGGCAAAUUCCCAUUUUAACUGGAACUGACUCAACAACAAAAAAAAAAUAGCAGAAACUUCUGCUAGUUGCUGCACAAAAAAUAGUGCUUUUUUUCACAAUACUGAUAAUUGCUGUGGAAAUGCAAGUUAAUGACUAUUACAGUUUUUCUCAGUUGCUUUGGUGCAUUUCUCACAACAGAAUUAAACUUUGCACAAUAGUUAGUUCAACCUCCACAACAUGUAGUCGUUUUGGCACAACCUUGUGGUGGUUUCAUGUUCAUUUCGUCCAAAGGCAAAUGCCUUUGGACGUGAAGCAGUUGAGUAAGUACAACUAUCUAAAGAAUGGUCACUUUUGAGUUGCUAUUCAUCACUAUCUCCUUGCUUCUAUCAUGAAUGUCACAAUUAUUUAUACUUGUACCGGCUGAAUAGUCAUUGUCCAUACAACUAAUAGUCUUCAUUUCAUUGCUUGUGUCAGUGCACUCAAAAUUGUUGAACAUCUUGUCAAACAAUUUGUACACCCAUUUUGAAAACCCUAUUUUUAAGGAGUUUCCAUGAAAAUCUCCAUAAAUUACUUUUCUCAGGUGAACCUUAUCUCACACUAAUGAAAAUUGGUGUGUGUUACGCUUACUUGCAACCAAUGAAAAGCCUCUUCUACCCAGUCAUAGGUGAAUCGCGUUACAGUAUCCCCUACUCUACAAGUAUAUAUAUAUAUAAUGUAAACCAACAGACAGGAUUGGCAUGAGGUGCAUACUGAAUCUACAAAACUGCCGAACAUGGAACGUCAGCCUUGUGGAAGAGGGGUGAGGAUCGGUGGAGGACGAGGACAAAACCGGGUAAGAAGAGGCCAACCACAUAGACACGUUCCGGACGAAAUCAGGGCAACACUUGUGGAUCAUGUGAUAAACCAUGGCCUCACAAUGGCCGAGGCUGGUCGAAGGGUGCAGCCAAAUGUUGGGAGAACUACUGUAAGUUCUAUUAUUCAGACAUUUCGUCGGGAAAACAGGUGAGCAUACUGUAAUGUAGUUAUUCAGCACAAACUAAUUUGCUCUGCACUUUCAUAGUCAUACAGGAGACUUGCAUUCGGACAUGACCUUAUAGAUCUUUACAUAUAGACGUACUGUAACUGAAGCGCAGACUUGGCCCAGGGGUGGCAUAGUGUGCUGUGGUACAAUACAGUAAUGCUGUAAAGAAAGGAGUUUUGAAUGAUAGUCCUGUAACAAUUACUGUAAGCAUGUUUGUGCGUAUUUAUGUUUGUGUUUUUUCAUCUGCAUCUCAAAAAGGACUGCCGGACAACCUAGAAGAGGUGGAAGAGGUCCACUUUUGACUCCGCAGCAAGAGGAAAGAAUUUGUGCAAUGGUGGCUGCAAACAACGCUUUGAGACUGAGAGAAAUACAAAGAACUGUCAUAGAAGAUGACACCAUCUUUGGAAAUAUUCAGUCAAUAUCAGUUUCCACCAUAGACAGAGUCCUCAGACGGAAUGAAAUGUCCAUGAAGCAAUUGUACAAAGUAUCAUUUGAACGGAACAGUGAUCGAGUGAAGGAGCUCCGUCACCAGUAUGUACAGCGUAUCCUGGAAUUGGAGGCCAGGGAACCCCUGCACACGUUUGUAUAUCUUGACGAAGCGGGAUUCAAUCUCGCAAAAGGCAGACGGCGUGGACGAAAUCACAUUGGAGAAAGAGCCACCAUUGAUGUCCCAGGCCAACGAGGAGGAAAUAUCACAAUGUGUGCAGCAAUCUCAGGAAAUGGCGUUCACACCCAUAUUCCUCGUAUUGGUGCAUACAAUACACAACACCUGUUGGCUUUUCUGGACGCUCUUUAUAGGGACCUAAUCCCACAAAAUGAAAGGGAUGAUCCUGGUGACAAUCGGACAAUGUAUGUAGUGGUUUGGGAUAAUGUUAGCUUCCAUCACUCUGCUGUAGUCAGGCAGUGGUUUGCAGCACACGACAGGAUGCGUAUGGAGUUUCUUCCUCCUUACACUCCAUUCCUAAAUCCAAUUGAGGAGUUUUUCUCUUCCUGGAGGUGGAAGGUAUAUGACAGGCAUCCACAUACCCAAAUGACCCUGCUAGCAGCUAUGGAUGCAGCUUGUGAUGACGUCACAGCAGAGUCCUGCAGAGGGUGGAUUCGACACUCCAGAAGAGAUCUGAUGACUGACAUUCGCUGUGAUGUUGAUGCAAAUAUGUGGGCAGACAGACGGGAGUGUCUAGAUAUCAAUGAUUGA